AUGCCGCAGAUCACGAGUGAGGCGCCGACGCCGUCGCCGGUGGUGACGGGAGCGAAACGUACGGUUGUGGCUGGGACGGUGAAGAGCGCGACGAGCGAUGUGACGAGAAAGGAGGGGGCGGGGGACGCGCGAUUUCGCGAGGACGUGCGGCGAUUCGUCGGGACGACGAGUCUGUGA